GAUGUAAUGUUAAAUGAAUAUUAAUAUGCUAUCAAUAAAAUGCACAGCUUGAUUAAUAUUUUAUCAAAACAAUCUGCAGUUCUGAUAGCCGGGUAAAGCAUGUAAUGUUGGUUGUCAACUGCUCUUAUAAAUGUAACGGAAUGUGUUACUUGAAUUUUCUAUCUUUAAAAGUAAUUAUGUUUUGUGAUUUUCUUUGGUCCUGUUGGCUACUAGUAUAUCUCUCAUUUGUCCCGUUGGAUUAAUUCGGGUUAAGAAUAUAUGUUAAAUUCAUAGAAGCACAGUGCACAUACAUUAGUUCAAUAUUUCUUACUGUUUUGCGGCUAAAAGAGCCAUAAAAGAAUGCCUGUUUUUGAAAUGUCAUAUUUAUCAUUCUCUACCGAUAUUGUGUAUCAACAUGUUCGCUACGCCUAUAUAUGGCAUAUAUAUCGCCCUGUUGAUAAUAAAUUCUAGAGCUUGUCUGCCUAUAACCAAACUUAUACUUGUCAUGAGCAACACGACGGGUUCAAUUUGAGGAACAGGCCCUGUUUACCCUUCAUGAGCAACUAAGACCACUCCUGGCUUUUUGCGGUUUUACCCUUUUUAUAUUCAACUAAAACACUAAACACGGCUUUCAUAAAUGUGAUUUACAUUUUGGUUCCGUAUGUAUUAUGUUCGUUUCCAAAUGCUGUUGCGUUUCAACAAUUGAGCUGCAUUUCUGUUUUGCAAAUACACAAUAAGAGUCUAUUCGAAUUGUCACUAGCAGUAUAACGGAAAGCAAAACUAGAUGUAUUUUUUUUUAAUUUUUGUGUCCGUUUCUAAGACUCAUACAUUAAAGACAACAGUAGCUUACUGAUGUUGAAAUCAUAUAAAGACAUUACGAAGAUACAAGUUAAGGUAAAUACACAAAAACUAAGGGAACCAUAUGGUCGAGACAGGGUGCUUCCACAGGGCAAGCGUCUUCUGUUAUGCAUUCAUCAAAUGCCAUGAAAAUCUCCAUUCAGUCAAAAAAUUACUAUCGGGAGUAGGACAGAAGCGGUAAAUUUUACAUAUCAUCGGGCAACCAAUUUGUGAAGGUCACCGUAUAUUUUAUGUAGUAUUUUCAGUUAUUCUUUCUCAUAAUUUUGUUGGAGCAGUUUAUGUAUCAGUUAAAUAAGCAUGCAUGACCGUAACGUAUUAAUUGAUAUGUUGCCGAUAACAAGUCCAGCAUUUUGGUGAUAUCAUCUCCGGUGUAUUUGUUGUUAGAAUCAGUGUGGUUCUUCACAAAGUAAAAUUUUUUCCUAAGCUUCAACAAGGAAUUGAUAUUUACGAUUCCCAAUUGUUUAAGGAAAAGCACUGCUGAAUCACCAUUUUUUGUCUCAUACAUAAUGUUGAUCAGUCUGAAUUAAUAAAUAAUCCUUGACACUGCGACAAUUGAUAGUAACGGGUAUUCAUCUCCCCAAUAAUAUAUGGACCAUAUAAGUAUAAGUAGCUGAUUCCGACAUAGUUUAACCGUAGCCAUAUUUCGAUAUAACUUUUGGAUUUUUUCAAUGCUCAUCAAGCUCUUAAAUGUUGCCCUUCAACUGGUUUUAUGUUUUAUGAAGAUGUAACGAUAGUCUAACGUAUAAAAUCAUAAGUAGAAAAAUUAUUGAUAUUUUCUACAUCACAGUACAAAAUAGACUUGGUUUCUUUUAAACAUACCAAAUAUAACCUCAUGGGUGCCAAAAGUUAAAUAAGUGCAAUAUAAUUACUAAGUAUAAUAUCAGUUUAUAGUUUUGCUGUAAUUAUUUCUGUAUCAUAUCAAAUAUCAGUUUAUAGUAUCGCUGUAAUUGGUUCUGCAUCAUAUCAAUUUUAUAUAUACAUGUACUAUAUUAUGUUCGAUUUUGCUGUCAUCUGUUCAGCUUUUGGAAGGGAUUUUUAACUCGUCCAUGAAGUAAAUGAUUACAAGUAUGUUUUCUUAUCAAAGAGGUGAGUAUCUCAGUCAAUGUUAACUUCGACAUCAUCCUGAAGUUAUAAAUAAGAAGAUGUGGUAUGAGUGCCAAUGAGACAACUAUCCAUCCAAGUCACAAUGUGUAAAAAGUAAACAAUUAUAGGUCAAAGUACGGCCUGCAACACGGAGUUAUGCAUGUAUUCAGUUUGAUUUAAGAGGGCUUGAAUUUAUUAUGAUGUUACCACGGGUUGGCCCUUUAUGCUAAAUGUUUUACGAGCGAUAGCAAGGGGAGAAAUAUCCAAAUAAAGGGCCAACCUGUAGUAAAAUCAAAUUAAAUUCAAGCCUCCAUGAAUUUUUUUUAUUCUAACAGGACAAAGACAGCAAUUCUUUUGGCUCGAAGCGGUCUAGGUGAAGGGAAAUAUUUGCUGUUCCCAUAAUUGAACACACUAUUAAUAUUGACGUAAAAGACGAAGAAAACUAAAUUAGUGACAUGCUUGAACGAUUUACAAUAACAUGCUAAGACAUGUUUGGAUGAAGUUAAUUGAUUAUCUUACUUUUAUUUAAAAAAAUGGGCUAUCAACAAAUACUUACCAUGGCGUUGACGAUCAGCUGACAUAUCAAUAUAUUCAUAUUUUACCACGGGUGUGUACUCAAAGCGUUUGUAGAACGUCAUAUUAGAUAUAUAUAUAUGUUUUUGAUCUUUUUAGAGUUUAAAGGAUUUAACAUGUCAACAAGCAAAGAUGAGUCUUUAAGGUCGUAUGAUUAUGCAUGUUAGAAAUUUGGUACAGAUGAGAUGGUACGCUUAAGACGCAAUAUCUAUAACAUAUAUGAUAUCAUAAGCAACAAAGGUCUAUCGAGUUUCCAAAUAUGUAGCGGUAGUGCAGUUGAAGGUUUAGACAUGAUUGGAAGUGACGUUGAUAUCAUGUAUUUGUUUAAUGAUAUCGUCGUAUGUACAAGUGAACGCGAUGCGGAAAAUGUUGCUAAAAUAACCCAUGUUACAACAUUAAUAAUGGACACUGACAACACAAACCCAUGUUAUGCAUUGCUUCGUGUGCCUAAAAACGUACCUUUUCCAGGAAAUAUGCAGUGGUUUCUGGUACAUGAAGGUCAAGAUGAUUUUUUUUCUAGUCAACUGUUGAAACUUGAAUGCCUGAAUCGGAUAUCACGUCCAGGAUAUCUGUUUAAAAUACAUGGACCUUGUUUGACCACCGAAGAUGAUAGUUUGGAUUUAGCAUGUUGCUUAAGAUGUAAAUGUUGGCCUUCCCAAGCUCGGUCAUGGAUGUUAAGAUCAAGGAAUAAUUGGCCAUCACAAAAAUUAAUAUCUAAAGUUGUGAAUUUUGGAGUUUUAUUUGUGCCAAUAGGUUGUAAAGGAUCAAUAUAUGAACAUAUUGAAUGGAGAAUGUCGUUUUCGGUUGCAGAAAAGUUGCUUAUAUACUCUUUUAGUCAUACACAAAUGUUAUGCUACGGCCUGAUGAAACUACUUCUUAAAGAUGUAAUUGACAAAAGAGAAUCACUUAAGGGCUUAUUGUGCUCUUAUUUUCUGAAAACGUUAUUGUUCUGGUUAUAUGAGGAAUCAGGUAAAGACAUAUGGAUACCUGAAAACAUGUUGUCGUGCUUCAGAGCAUGUAUCUGUAGACUGUUAUACUGUACACAAUAUUCUAUCCUGGUACACUAUUUCAUUCCCCAAAACAACUUUUUUGAAGAUCGAUACAAAGAUGACGACAGAAUCCAAAUGAUUGGACUUCUUCAAGAAGCCUAUAAACUUGGUUUGCAAUGUUUCUGUGUUUCUGGUACCUUUACUGGUGAUUUCCAUAUAAUAUAUAACCCUACCCAUGAUUCUAUGACAAUUCAUAGGAUGCUUCGGCCUUUGAUAUAUUAUUUAGCAACACAUUUUGAGAAAAACGAAAAUUGUUUUGUGAUGCUGAAUAAGAUAAAUCGUUUUGAUGGGAUAAAACUUGCAUCAAAGUUAAUCAUGUUUCUUUUGGCAAAAUCAAACAAUCUCAAAGUACAGCAAAAUACCACUCCUCAUUAUUACAAUAAUAAACUACGAUAUCAUCAAUUUAAACAACAACAAGGUCGUUUGCUAAUUUCUUCGCAUUCAGGAUUUAGUGAAGUAGGAUGGUUGUUUCUAGCAUCUUUUUUCUACCGUCACAAGAGGUACGAUAUUGUAUUAAAACUCAUUUCACAUAUUCUAUCACGUGCCUUAAAGGCAGAUGCGUCCUUCGCAUAUAUUACAAGAAUCCCUGCUGAUAUGGAUCAAACUCAAUUAAAGUAUAAGUAUGAUGUACUACCGGCGAUGUGUAUCUUGCGUUUGUUAGUAGAUACAAUCAUGGUCUUUGAAGGUGAUUCUUCUUUGAUACCAGAAGAACUAGACAUUGAAGUGACGAACAACGUACCAUUUCAAGUGGAUAUUAUUAUAUUGACUCAUUUUUUGAGGUUUUUGUCCAACUACCAUUUAGGAGAAUUUAUGUCGUGUAUGGGGUCAUUGGGAUCUCUGGAAGCGAACGCACAAACUUGGUAUAGACACAAUAUAGUGGGAAAAAGGCAAAUAACAACUUCUUUCCUUUGUCUUGGAGUAGCCCAUGAGAUGAUGGGUCAUUUAGAUAAGGCACAUGAAUGCUUUAGUACCUGUGUUUCCCAAGGUAUAUGGAACUUAACAAAAGCAGAACUUCGAUUGUCAAAACUGUAAGUAUAGUGCUGUUAAAGUACAAUAUGCCGCUUGGAUUUUUGUUCAUCCAAAUGCAUGGGAGCAUUAAACAAUUUUGUCAAUAAGUUUAAAGAAAACGUCUUGAUGUUCAAAGGAUAGCAUUAACAUCUUUAAUCUUCUGGGGAAAACCAUGUGUGACGGCUUUCAAAUACGAAUAAAGGAAAACGCUGAAAAUAAAAGAAUUAUAUACUAAGGGACCGUUCAAUAUUUACAAGAGGGAUGGCCAGUUGCAUUUUUAAAACUUGUAUCUUUAAAAAAGAGGAUGCCCAUCUAUUUGAAUCAUGCAAAAAUAUUUCUGCCCAUGUAAAAGUUUCUGUAAAAAAAGUCGCCUCCCAUCUAUAAAUACAAACAUAUCAAUAGCGUUUGCUUCUUUUUCUUUUCGAUACCUGGGAAUCACGAAAUAGGCUGGAAGUGAAGUACAUGUACCAAUUCAAGUAUGUGAUAUGGUUAUUUAAAUUUUGAUAAGGAACAAUUCAGAAAUUUUUUCAGUAUAUUUGUCUUUCUGCAGGACUUUCAUUUUAUAUACAUUCAUUAUAGAAUGCACUACAAAACUGUCAGAAAGGGGAAAUAACUCAUCACUCUGCAAUCAUAAGAAUUCACUGUAAUUUUAAGAAAAAAAUAUUUCAACUGACCAUGAUGACCAAGAAAUCUUUCAAAUCAAAAGAAACAGUUUGUUUUUUUCAUAUUUGUUAUAUAUUUUGAAAAAUAAAUAUCUGUGUGCAUAA